GAAAGCCAAGGUCCCCUUAUCAGUGGGGCCGCCCGCCGUAUGUAUGCAACGCCCGGGCCCAAGAAAGAAACACACCCGAAGAGGAAGCAAAGGCGGUUAUUGUCUGAGGGCCUUAUCAGUCUGCAGGAUGGAGGACGAGAACGGUUCGGCUCAGGCCCAAGAGCAGCCUGCUUGAGCUCCUUUCCCUGUGGCACGGUAUAUGACCCUGCUGAUCCCCCACUGAAUUCGGCCGGUUGCGUCUCUGGGCCUUUUGGUUACACGUGUCGCGAGGUUCUGUGCUGGCGACAGAAGCGGCAUUGAAAACAGAAGCAGUCUCCCUCAACACUCCCCGUUGACUUGGACAUCUCCUGAAGGUUCGGCUUUACAGUCUCCGCCAUGUCCGCCGGACCCCUGACCGAGUAUGGCGGCGUCACGGGCGUCGCCGACGACGGCGGCAACUCGCUAACCGACGACCUCAAUGUCUACUACUCGUCCGGCGAUUUCGCAUGGAUCAUGACCUCGGCGGCUCUCGUGCUCCUCAUGGUUCCGGGCGUCGGCUUCUUCUACAGCGGACUGGCGCGGCGGAAGUCAGCACUGGCUCUGAUCUGGCUGUCUUUGAUAUCCAUAGCCGUGGUCGGCUUCCAGUGGUUCUUCUGGGGCUACUCGCUCACCUUCUCCCACACGGGAAGCGCCUACAUCGGAGACCUCAGCAACUUUGGUCUGAUGAAGGUGUUGGGCCAGCCCAGCGUCGGCAGCACCAAGGUCCCUGACCUCCUGUUCUGCCUGUACCAGGGCAUGUUCGCGGCCAUUACCCCAGCUCUCGCCAUCGGCGCGGCGGCCGACCGUGGUAGGAUGCUCCCCUGCGUCGUCUUCAUCUUCGUUUGGGCAACCAUCGUCUACGACCCGAUCGCGUACUGGACCUGGAACGCCAACGGCUGGUCCUUCAAGAUGGGAGGGCUCGACUUUGCCGGCGGCACGCCCGUGCACAUCAGCUCGGGUGCGGCCGCGCUCGCCUACUCGCUCAUGCUCGGCAAGCGCACCGGCUACACCAAGCUCAACGGCCUGCCGCACCGGCCUCACAACGUCACCCACGUCGUGCUGGGCACCGUCUUUCUCUGGGUCGGAUGGUUUGGCUUCAACGGCGGUAGUGCACUGGCUGCGAACAUGCGUGCCGUCAUGGCUUGCAUCGUGACGCACAUCUCGGCUUGCGUCGGUGGUUUCACCUGGUGUCUGCUUGACUACCGGCUCGAGAAGAAGUGGAGCACCGUGGGCUUCUGCAGUGGUGCCAUUGCUGGCCUGGUCGCCAUCACGCCUGGUUCUGGUUACGUCCCGCCCUGGUCAGCCGUGGUCUUUGGCGUCGUCGGCGGCAUUGUCUGCAACCUUGCGACGAAGCUCAAGUUCGUGCUUGGUAUCGACGACGCACUUGAUAUCUUCGCCGAGCACGCCGUUGGCGGUAUUGCCGGCAACAUCCUGACCGCCUUCUUUGCUGCUGACUACAUCGCCCACCUUGAUGGGUUCAGCGAGAUCCCCGGCGGUUGGGUCAACCACAACUACGUCCAGCUUGGCUACCAGAUCGCCGACAGCGUCGCCGGCUUCUCGUAUUCCUUUGUGCUGACUUGCGUCAUCCUGUUCAUCAUGAACCUGAUCCCCGGCCUGUCACUUCGUGUCCCCGCCGCCGAGGAGGAGAUGGGUCUCGACGACGGUGAGCUGGGCGAGUUCGCCUACGACUACGUCGAGAUCACCCGUCAUGUCGACGGCGACCUCACCGGCAUGUCCGGUACCCCCGCCCACAGCAUCAAGGGCGGUAAUAUCCCAGCGGGGAAGGAAGCUUGAGACGGUGUGAUUGAUCAUUGAGGGUCAGAAUUUAUGUAAAAUCAGCGGUGUGAUUCAAUAUGGCGGACUGCGUCUUUUGUUGUGAUACCUCUCUUACUUAUACCACUUGAUAAUUCACUUCUACAUAAAUCUGAACAUUUAUUCUGUUCUCUGUGGCUCUUCGUGCCGCUACGUUGGGCAAGGCCCACUCCGAGCACGGGGCAAAGGAUGGCAUAUAACUACCAACCCUAAGUGGCGAUGUUGGAAACGUGUUAUGUAGUCCUUUCAUUCCUCUCGCUGACGGAACGUUUAGUCAAAAACGAUAAGCAGCCACAUCGAUAUGGGACAGCUCUCGUUGCAAAAUGCUAGAUGGCGGGCACACAAGGGUGUACAGAACGACCAAGAACAGUGAAGCGCCCAGGGGAUGGAAAGCAC